AUGAACGCAAUGUACACAGUUCCAUAUCCCUGUGUCCCACAAUCAAACUAUUACACGUACCCACCUCAAUAUUAUUCACAAGAGACUGCUCAAUAUGAGCUCUCUCAGUAUUAUCAUAACCAGAUGAUGAUGCAUCUACCACCACCUCCACCUCCAUUAGCUGCAGCAGUACCACCACAGCCACAAGUCAGCCACUAUCAACCAACAAACUACCAGCUAUCCAACUAUCAACAAACGAAUUAUAAACCAAUACCGACAGCACCAGAAGUAAAUGGUGGUAUCAACACUGUAAUGGAGUAUGAUAUCCCCCAAAUGUCUGCUUUCUUAGGAUGGUGCACAUUUGGAAUGUUGAAACAGAAUAAGAGUCCAUCAAAAGACUUUGAAUGUUUGGUUUCGUCGGUAUUGAGCGCAACAAGAUUGCCAAAAUCGACCAUAAUGAUAUCGUUGGAGUAUUUGAAUCAAAGAUUUUCUCCAAAGGAGUUGCCAGCAUUACCUGAAAAUGUUAUAUUCAAUUAUUUGAUUGUUGGUUUAAUAUUGGCAAACAAAUUUAACGAUGACAACACGUUUACCAAUAAGUCCUGGAGUGGAGCAACAGGAUUGCAAAUUGAGUUACUAAACAAGGAGGAAAGGUCGUGGUUGGAAGAGGUGAAAUGGUCAUUAUCCGUUGUCAAUUAUCAAUAUAAUUUGGUCACGUUACAAGAAUGUUGGGAAACAUGGGUUCAAAGAAGCUGUAUUUUUUAG